GUCUGGACAGUCAACGGCCCAGGCUCUGAAUCGUGCCAAAAUGAAGGUGCUUGCCCUCACAAUCCUGCUGGUCAGCGUGUACUGCAUAGAAGGUGCCGUGGUGAAACGGGAAGCUGAGGGUGAAGGGCAGGCUCCGGCCCCAUCCGAUCUGCAGAACUUCUCUCAGUAUUUCCAGAACUUUGCGGAUUACUUCAAAAAGGACGCCCUCACUGACUAUGCAACCCAGACACGGGAUUUCUUUCAGCAACUACAGGAGCGUAUUCUCAAUGAGCAGCUGACCGACCGUAUCAGGCAAGCGUUCGAUAACGUGAUGGAGUCUGCCAAGUCGGCCAUUCAGUAGCUAGUAGAAGCUGCUUCUCAGAGCUCUCGGGUUUGUCUCAUAAGAGGGGGGCUGGGGGAGAUUAUUGGGCCUUCUUCGAACACCAUGGCCAUGUCUGGAUCAUGCUGUCGCCACAAUAAAAACAAUUUAAGCCUAA